UUCUUACGUCUGUGUAAUGUGUGCUUGAGAGCCAGUUUGUGCAUGUGUGUGUUGUUUAACUGAGACAAGCAGUGCAGCAGCCUGCUCACACAAGUGAGUAGAGAAAGACAGACACAGCACAAGGAAAAGAAGAGAAGGAGAUCAAACCUAGAGCACUGAGACCAGCCUAAAGGCAGGAUGUCUACCAUAUUCAUGUCAAACAGCAUGGUCGGCAAGGCCCGCUCCUCCAACUUCACCCUAUCUGAGAAACUGGAUCUUCUGCGGCUGGUCCAGCCUCACAUACGCAUUCUGGAGGAGCACACCAACAAGCAUGCCGUGAUCGUGGAUAAGAACCGGUGCUGGGACAGCAUAGCAGAGCACUAUAAUAAUUUCGGAGGUGAAAGGCCCCCCAGAACGGCUCAGGGCCUUCGGACCCUCUAUAAGCGACUUAAAGAAAGUGCCAAGCAGGAAGUUCUUCAGCGAAGCCAUGCCCAACCCGAGUACCGGGGCAGCAUCUCAGAGCCAACCAAGCGCAUUAUGGAAAUGAUACCUCAACUAUUUCAUGUGGGGGACAAAGAGCCGAACGCACUCCACAGGCUUCAGUUCAAGAGGAAUUCUCCAGUAGAGCAGCCAGGCAGCAGUUUAUCCCUCCCAGCAUUGUCGGACUAUGCACCUGUUGCGGCUGUGAUGGUGGAGACUGAGGAUGUGAAACCACCUCCUGAUAUCCACCUGAUCACAUCCCAGAGUUCACCUGUCACCAUCACCACCCCGAGCAGUCAGGCCCACCACGGACAGAACGAGAGGGACAGUGAAGUAGUGGGAGAGGAGGAAGAUGAUGAGGAGGAGGAAUUGGCCUCCCACGUGUAUGCGGCCUCUCUGUCUCCGUGCCCCUCUUCUGCACACCUGCCACCCUCGCCGUCAGACCCUGGCCCCAGGAGGAGCGCGUUUCAGAGAGGGAGGGCAAUGUUCAAGAAUCCCGUUUUUGAGGCAGAAGCUCUGCAAAUGAUGAGAGAGGAGCAUGAGCUGCUUCUGGCCAAUCACAGAAAGCUUGGACUAUAUCUAGAGGAGAAGAGGGAGGGGCUUAAGAGAAAGCAACAACUGGAAGAGGAGCUACUUCGGUCAAGGGUCAAAGUGGAGAAAUUGAGGGCGGCCAGGCUACGCCAAGGAUUGCCGCUGAUGUGACACGUAUGGUGUCACGUCUGAAAGUCUAUCACAAAGGGAACUCUGUAAUGUGAAGUUAAAAUGAACAGGCUUGUUUGUACAGUUUGUACAGUUAUUUCUUGAUUUUGUAUUAGAUCGACACUUGUACAAGGAUUGUUCCUGAUGUUUGAAGCAGAAAUUUAUAUUUUUUAAAUGGGUGAAUGCCUACUUAAAGAAGAAAAUAAGAGUUUAUUUUCUAUGUAUUCACUAAUAAAUUUAUAAUUGCUUUUAA